AUGUCUUUGAAUAUCACAAAUAAGAGAAAAAUCAUUCAUCAUUGUACAUCUUCUUCCUCAGAAACAUCAGAGACAUCAGAAUCAUCAGAAUCAUCACGACCAUCGGAUCUCUCAGGUUUGUCCUCUAAACCUUUGGUAAAGAGACAUAAACCCUCAUCUGCUUCGAUCUACCCUUCUCCUGAAACUUCGUCUCCUUCAUCCCCAAAUUUGGCUAGAAUUAUUAACCCACUAAAUUUGAAUCUAUCUUAUUUACCUUCUAAUCACUCAAACUUGAAACAUCUGAAAUCCUGUUCAAGGUGUAGGAAACACAAGACUAAAUGUAAUUAUAUUGACGUGGCCCCUUAUUCUUGUUCCUCAUGUGCUAAGAGAGGGUUAGUCUGCGAAUUGGAAGUUGUUGUUCCAGUUAAACGAUCAAAUAUUAUUAAAAACCUCUCUAAUGAUAUAGAGAAUUUGAAGAAAUUGGUUAAUGAUUUAAUUGAGAAAGACCUCUAUCUGAAAUCGUUAUGUAGAGAAAAAGGUAUUAAAGUUCCAGGACUUAUCAAUAAUAUAGAUUCUUGUUCAAGGGAUUACUCCUGUACAAUGGGAACAACAAUUUCUCAAAACACAAAUCAAAAUAAUCAUAAUGGUCAUUGUCAUGAAAACAGAUGUGGAUUUGGAAAUGUACAGCAAGAUAUAGGAAGAGAAGAGGCAGAAGAACAAGAGGAAGAGGAGGAAGCAGAUGACGAUGAUGACGACGAUGAUGACGACGAUGACGAUGACGAUGAAGAAGAAGAAGAGGAAGAAGAAGAAGAAGAAGGUAAUGCAAGAGAAUCAGAUAAGAAAUCAGAAAAAACAAAAAUGAGAGACAACUCACAUAUAAACGUAGAAAAUUAUAAUAGUCAGCAGCUGAGAAAAAUCAAGACUAAGAAGACCCAACUAAUUCCUACUAACGAAACAAUUACAAACAACUUAAUGAACGAUACAAUUAUUACGAGUUUAAUGAAUGAAACAAUUACAACCAGUCUAAUGAAUGAAACAAACACUACAAGUCUAAUGAAUGAAACGAACCCAACGAGUUUAAUGAACUACCCCAAAAACAACACUCCUCUUCAACUCCAAUCGAGUCAUAAUUUUACUUUGAAUAAAUGUCAACAAUCAAUUGGUAAUAUAAUCACCCCAGAAUUAACAGACGCAGAAUUGGAUGAAAAAUUAUUUGAUAAUCCAAACAUAAAACUCUAUAGCUUGAAUGAUAUCUGUUGUUUCUCAUACUUAGAAAUCAACCAAUUUAUUGAUAAUUUCAAUGCAAACUAUUUACCCUUCUUACCAAUUUUUUCUGAAAUUAAAGACAUAGACCAUCUAUUCAAUACAAAUAAGUUGUUAUUUUGGACAAUUGUAUUUAUCAUUACGGGAAAUAUCGAUAUCUAUAAUCGAUAUAUCAUUAAAGAAAUCUUGUCAUUCACAGAUUUGUCCACUACUCCAACUACCGCCAUUUCUUCUUCCGUGGGAAAAGACACUCUCGAUUCAGUUACUCCAAUUUUACUACUAUGCUGUUUCAUCACCAAGAUGAAUUCUACCAAAUAUGAUAUAAAGGAUGAAUUGGACACCUCAAUUUUUCAAUGGUUGAAAGUUUGUAAGGAUAGCCUCCAGAAAAAUCAACUCGUCAAUGAAAAGUCAUCACAAUACGAGAAAAAUGUUUGGUCUUCCAUAUUUAUAUUGGGUAACUUCUAUUCCUUCAGAUUGGGUCUAAAAUGGAGCCAACAAAUAGACCUUGUCCUUGAAGAUCAAAAGGAACAGUCCAAUUAUAUAGGCCAGAUGCUAAAUGUCACAAUAUUGUUUUCCAAAUUGAUGGACACCUUUUUAUUCAACAAUGACCCACACUCGGUGAAUAGUAAUGACCUAUUGUUGUUGAAAUCAUUAUCGAACUGGAAAUUUAAAUUGAACACUAUGAAGUCAAAUUUGUCCUCUCUUAGUGGCUCUUCUCUAGCUCCUUCAUUGUAUUCAACCAUCUUAUCCUCCUUCAAUUUCUUGAGUUUAAUAUUUAUCCUCUUUGAACCCCAAAAUGAGAAUUUACUCAAUCACCAAAUCACUGAUAUAAUCCGAAUUUCAAAUGAUUUCUACGAUAGUAUCAAAUAUCUAGAUUUGUUCAAAUGUCCAAUUCACUUGAAGAUUUCUCUGGAAUGUUUUUGUCUUGUGCUGUCAAAGUUAUGUUACUCUCCUCUAUUCUUAUCUAACAGUUCAAUAGAUCCAUUGGAUAUAACUCCAGUCUAUACUAAUUUAUUCAACAGAUUGAUUUCCUUUGUCGAAUUCAAUGAUACAAAGUUUAUUUUCAAUCUAUUAAUGGAUUUUGAUUCAAACGUUAAAGUUGAUUUCUUCUUGAUUGACGUAUUUGAUAUGUCAAGUUUUAAAUCAAAAUUAUUACCUGGGUUAAUAUCGGAUUUUAAGAAAUUCAACCAAAAAUUUAGAUCUAUCGAUUCCAAUUCAAACCGCCUCAGUGAGACCAUAUCAAAGUUCAACUCCUAUAAUUUGAACUUUGAUAGAUACAAUGAGAACUUUAGCAUUUUCAGAAAUAAAGUUGAUCUAGUUAUACUUUAUUCGAACGAAAUAUUGAAGUUGCCAAGUGCAGAGAAUGAUGUCAAGAACCCUUCAAUCUCUUCAAUUGAUUCCUCUUCCUCUUCCCUUGGCUCAUCUCCUUCCUUGUUUGAAAACAAUGGCUUUAUUAAUCCUUCAGUUCACCUACAAAGCCCUCAAUCGAUCAAGAAAGAUAUUCAAGUCCAGCUAUCUUCUCAAUCUGACGACAUGGAUUUACUACAGUCCUUGAGCUGGAAUUGA